GCGGCGCCGCUGAGGGGCCCGAGCGGGACCGGGAUCGGAACCGGGAUCGGGAAUUGGGAACGGGAGCCGGGAUCGGGAACCGGGAUCGGGAACCGGGAUCGGGACCGGCAGCGGCCGCGGGGAGCGCCCCCGCGCGCAGCUCCAGCCAUGGGGGACAUGAAGACGCCGGAUUUCGACGACCUGCUGGCCGCCUUCGACAUCCCGGACAUCGACGCCAACGAGGCGAUCCAGUCGCACCAGGAGGAGCCCGAGGCGCCCGGCAAGGCGCUGCCGGGGGAGCCGGGCCCUGGCGCCGCGGCCGAGCCCGCGCUGCCGCACGCCGACAUCUCGGCCGUCAGCGUCAUCGUCAAGAACACCGUGUGCCCCGAGCAGGCCGAGCCCAAGGACGGGCACGGGCACGGGCACGGGCACGGGCUGGCGCCGCGGCUGCUGCAGAACGGCUUCGGCACCGAGGGCGCCCGGCCCGCCGAGCCCGCCCCCAACGGCGACUGCUGGGCCAAGGAGAAGGCGGCCAAGGGGCUGGAGCUGUUCUCGCCCUUCAGCCCCGAGCCCGGCCAGGACGGCGCCGACCUCAUCGACCGCGCCCGCGACGGCAAGGCCAAGGACAAGGCGCCGGCCGCGGCCCCCGGCGCCGGCUGCAAGGAGCCCCUGGGGGACGGCCCCGAGGGGCUGGAGCCGCCGUUCCCGGCGCCGUUCCGGGCCGGGGAUGCAGCCCACCGUCCCUGCAUCAAGAAGGAGGAGUCGGACCCGGAGGAGCCUGCGGGCCGCGGCUGCAGCCCCAAGGGGCUGGCGCUGGAUCACCUCAAGUCCGUCACCGUCCGGUACCCGGCCGGGGGCUCGCCCGCGGCGCCGUGGCCGGGAGCGGAGCCGGCGGCGCUGGACGGCGGCGCCGGCACCGGGGCUGAGCUCAAGCGCUCGCCCGGGAGCCCCCGGGAGCCCUUCUCAUCCCCAGGAGCGCCCGUGCCGCCCUCCCCCAAGCAGCUCUCCCUGAAGGAGGAGCGGGAGGCGCUGGGCAAGGCCGUGGGGAGCCCCCCGAGCACGUCCAGCGCCGAGGAGGAGGAGGAGGAGGAGGAGGAGGAAAGCACCAACUCGCCGUCCUCCAGCUCCUCGCGGCCGCUCAAGGUGCGCAUCAAAACCAUCAAAACCUCCUGCGGCAGCAUCACCAGGACGGUCACCAGGGUGUCCUCGGACUCGGAGCCGCCCUCCAGCAGAGUGCCCAGCGAGCAGAGCUCCCAGGAGCCCCUGGAGGGUCCCGCCGGCGUCCCCACGGAGGCGGCCAGGGAGAAAUCGGAGCUCUCCAGCCCCCUCAAGAGCACGGAGGGGCCCAAAAUCGUCAGCGUGCAGCUGGGCAACGGCGCCAAGCUGAAGGGCACCGUGCUGCCCGUGGCCACCAUCCAGAGCGCCAGCAGCGCCAUGCUCAUCGCCGCCAGCGUGGCGCAGCAGAAAUCCGUGGUGCUGCCCGCCAAGGCCGGCAAAUCCGUGGCCAAGAACAUCCUGAGCCUGGUGCCGCAGCCCCUGCCCAAGGGCGACGCCCGCGCCAACGGCGGCGCCAAGGCCGGCGGCGGCGCCAAGGCCAACGUGGCCGGCACCGUCAUCUCGCGCAGCCAGUCCAGCCUGGUGGAAGCCUUCAACAAGAUCCUCAACAGCAAGAACCUGCUGCCCACCUACAAGCCCAACCUGAGCCCGCCGGCCGAGGCCAGCCUGGCGCUGCCGCCCUCGGGCUUCCGCUGCCUCGAGUGCGGCGACGCCUUCGCGCUGGAGAAGAGCCUGGCGCGGCACUACGACCGGCGCAGCAUGCGCAUCGAGGUCACCUGCAACCACUGCGCCAAGCGCCUGGUGUUCUUCAACAAGUGCAGCCUGCUGCUGCACGCGCGCGAGCACAAGGACAAGGGGCUGGUGAUGCAGUGCUCGCACCUGGUGAUGCGCCCCAUCGCCCUGGAGCAGAUGAUCGGGCAGCCCGACGUGACGGCGCUGGCGCCGCUGGCGCUGCCCGCCGCCAGGGCGGCGCAGGAGGGCGGCGCGGGGCCGGAGCUGCUGCCCGUGCUGCCUCUGGGCUCCGAGCCCGGCAGCUACAGCUGCUUCCGCUGCCUCGAGUGCAAGGAGCAGUGCAAGGACAAGGCCGGGCUGGCCGCGCACUUCCAGCAGGCCGGGACGGGCGGCGGCAGCAGCGGCAGCAGCAGCAGCAGCACGGUGUGCUCGGCGUGCCCCAUGAUCCUGGCCAACCGCUGCAGCUUCAGCGCACACCAGCGCAUGCACCGCAGCCGCCCGCCCCACGUGUGCCCCGAGUGCGGGGGCAACUUCCUGCUGGCCAACUUCGAGUCCCACCUCAAGGAGUCGUGCCUGCACUUCUCCCGCAGGGUGGGGUACAGGUGUCCCAGCUGCUCCGUGGUGUUCGGGGGCGUCAAUUCCAUCAAGUCCCACAUCCAGAGCUCGCACUGCGAGGUUUUCCACAAGUGCCCCAUCUGCCCCAUGGCCUUCAAGUCCGCGCCCAGCGCCCACGCCCACGUGUACACGCAGCACCCCGGCUUCAGCAACCAGCAGUCCAAGAUGAUUUACAAGUGUGCCAUGUGUGACACGGUGUUCACGCACAAGCCGCUGCUGUCGUCGCACUUUGAUCAGCACCUGCUGCCCCAGCGCGUCAGCGUCUUCCGCUGCCCGCAGUGCCCGCUGCUCUUCGCGCAGAAACGCACCAUGCUCGAGCACCUCAAGAACACGCACCAGGCGCAGCCGGGCCCGGAGGAGCCCUUGCGGCGCUCGGGGCCGCUGCCGGCGCCCAAGGCGGAGCCGCCGGAGCCGCCGCGGCGCUCGGGCUCCUCCUCGAGCUCCUCGGAGGAGGAGGAGGAGGAGGAGGAGGCGCCGAGCUCGCCCGAGCUGCGGCGGGCGCGGCGCGGGCGCUUCCCGCGGGGCCGGCCCGGCGCCAAGGCCAAGGGCAGCGGCUGGAGCUGCGGCCUGUGCCACUCGUGGUUCCCCGAGCGCGACGAGUACGUGGCGCACAUGAAGAGGGAGCACGGCAAGUCGGUGAAGAAGUUCCCGUGCCACCUGUGCGAGCGCUCCUUCUGCUCGGCCCCGAGCCUGCGGCGCCACGUCCGCGUCAACCACGAGGGCAUCAAGCGCGUCUACCCCUGCCGGUACUGCACGGAGGGGAAGCGCACGUUCAGCAGCCGCCUGAUCCUGGAGAAGCACAUCCAGGUGCGGCACGGCCUGCAGGUGACCGACCCCGCCCGCAGCCAGCCGGUGGUGACGGCGCGCGGCCCGCCCGGCCCCAGCCAGGCCCCGGGCCGCCGGCGCAAGCUCUCCUCGGAGGAGUCGUGCAGCGAGGAGCCGGACAGCACCACGCCGCCCGCCAAGAGCCCGCGGGCGCCGCUGCGCUGCCGCCGGUGCGGGCUGAGCGCCGGGAGCCGCGCGGAGCUGCAGGCGCACCUGGCGCAGCACCGCCCGCAGGGCGCGCCCCAGUGCCGCGAGUGCGGCCUCUGCUUCACCUCGGCCAGCGCGCUCGGCCGCCACCGCUUCAUCUCGCACAAGAAGCGCCGCGGGGCCGAGCCCGAGGAGCCCGCGGGGGCGGCGGGGAGCGGCGGCGGCAGCGGCAGCGGCAGCGGCAGCGGGGCCGCCCCCGGCGGGAACGGCGGCAGCGCCGAGGGGAAGCUGGAGUGCAAAGUGUGCGGGCGGGGCUUCGAGAGCCAGCUCAACCUCAAAACGCACUUCAGGACCCACGGGAUGGCCUUCAUCCGCGCCCGGCAGGGCAACGAGGAGAACUGAGCGCUCCCGGGAUUCUGGAAUGGCCUGGGAUUGGCCUGGGAUUCAUCCGGGCCCGCCAGGGCAGCGAGGAAAAGCGAGAACUCCUGGGAAUCCUGGAAUUCCUGGGAUUGGCCUGGGAUUGGCUUCACCCAAGCCUGGCAGGGGGCUGAGGAGACCUGAGCCUUCCCGGAAUUCCCGGGAUUGUCCUGGGAUCAGCUCUGAGCCCGGGAAUCUCGGCAUUCCCGGAAUUCCGGGAUCAGACCUGAGGAGAGCUAAGCAUUCCCAGGAACCGCGGCAUUCCCGGA